AUGAGAGUGGGGAAGCUGACCUUGCCCCUUGCUGGCUGUGGCUUUGGGUGGGUCGUCCUCGAAAGUGGUAGGCCUGGAAGACUGAGCGUCUGCGGCAUUCCAUUGGCACCUAGAACUUGCUUGCAGGUUCUUGAGGCCAAGUACCUGGCCCAGAUCAUUGUGAUGGGUGUACAGGUGGUGGGCAGAGCCUUUGCCCGGGCCCUGAGGCAGGAGUUUGCAGCAAGCCAGGCAGCUGUUAAUGCUCGGGGUCGUGCUGGGCACCAGUCUGCAGCUGCAUCCAAUCUCUCUGGCCUCAGCCUCCAGGAAGCCCAGCAGAUUCUCAACAUCUCCAAGCUGAGCCCUGAGGAGGUCCAGAAGAAUUAUGAACACCUAUUUAAGGUGAAUGAUAAGUCCGUGGGUGGUUCCUUCUACCUGCAGUCAAAGGUUGUCUGUGCAAAAGAACGUCUAGAUGAGGAGCUCCGAAUACAAGCUCAGGAAGACAGAGAGAAAGGGCAAAUGCCCAAAACGUGAAUGCUGGGCUCUCCCCGCCCCACCCACUGCCUCAUAAGUUAUAGCCUGGUAAUAAAUAUCUCUCCUA